AUGCCAGAGCCCGGGAAGAAACCAGUUUCAGCCUUCAGCAAGAAGCCACGGUCAGUGGAAGCGGCUGUGGGCAGCUCUGUCACGUUCGAGGCGGAGACAGAGCGGGAAGGACUGAAGGUGCGCUGGCAGCGGAGGGGCGGUGAUAUCAGUGCCAGCGACAAGUACAGCCUGGAGGCCGAGGGCAGGCGACAUGUGCUGACGGUGCGAGACGUGGGCCCCGCCGACCAGGGGUCCUACGCAGUCAUCGCUGGCUCCUCCAAGGUCAAGUUUGACCUCAAGGUCAUAGAGGCAGAGAAGGGAGAGCCAGAGCCAGCCCCUGCCACAGUUCCUGCCCCAGCCCCUGCUGAGGACCCUGGAGCCCCUGGAGCGCCUGGAGCCUUGGCCCCAGCCACUGAGCUGGAAGGAAGCUCCUCAAGGCCUGAAGGGUCAAGCUCAGAAGCCCCCGAUGGCCCUGGCCCAGUGUCCCCUGGCGCUCCUGAUGACCCCAUUGGUCUCUUUGUGACGCGGCCGCAGGAUGGCGAGGUAACCGCAGGCGGCAACAUCACCUUCUCUGCCCGUGUCGCCGGGGCCAGCCUCUUGAAACCGCCCGUGGUCAAAUGGUUCAAGGGCAAGUGGGUGGAUCUGAGUAGCAAGGUGGGCCAAUAUGUGCAGCUACGCGACCUCUACGACCGAGCCAGCAAGGUCUACCUGUUUGAGCUGCACAUCACCGAUGCCCAGGCUGCUUUUGCCGGUGGCUACCGCUGCGAGGUGUCCACCAAGGACAAGUUUGACAGCUGCAACUUCAACCUUACCGUCCACGAGGCCGUUGGUCCCGGAGACCUGGACCUCCGAUCAGCUUUCCGCCGCUCGAGCGUGGCUGGAGGUGGUCGGCGGAUCAGUGACGGCCACGAGGAUGCCGGGACUCUGGACUUCAGCUCCCUGCUGAGGAAGAGCAGCAGCUUCCGGAUCCCACGGGACCCGAAACUGGAGGCACCAGCUGAGGAGGAUGUGUGGGAGAUCCUGAGGAAGGCGACCCCCUCCGAGUAUGAGCGGAUUGCGUUCCAGCACGGGAUCACCGACCUGCGAGGGAUGCUUAAGAGGCUCAAGGGCAUAAAGCGUGAAGAGAAGAAGAGCACAGCCUUUCAGAAGAAGCUGGAGCCGGCCUACCAGGUGAGCAAGGGCCACAAGAUCCGGCUGAUGGUGGAGCUGGCGGACCCUGACGCUGAGGUCAAGUGGCUUAAGAAUGGACAGGAGAUCCAGAUGAGUGGCAGCAAGUACAUCUUUGAGUCCAUUGGCAACAAGCGCACACUGACCAUCAGCCAGUGCUCACUGGCUGACGAUGCAGCCUACCAGUGCAUGGUGGGCGGCGAGAAGUGCAGCACAGAGCUGUUCGUCAAAGAGCCCCCUGUCCUGAUCACACGCCCCCUGGAGGAUCAGAUGGUGAUGGUGGGGCAGCGGGUGGAGUUUGAGUGUGAGGUGUCUGAGGAGGGGGCCCAGGUGAAGUGGCUGAAGGACGGGGUGGAGCUGACCCGGGAGGAGACCUUCAAAUACCGAUUCAAGAAGGAUGGGCGCAGGCACCACCUGAUCAUCAAUGAGGCAACUCUGGAGGACUCUGGGCACUAUUCGCUGCGCACCAGCGGGGGCCAGGCCCUGGCCGAGCUCAUCGUGCAGGAGAAGAAGCUGGAGGUGUACCAGAGCAUCGCGGACUUGACGGUGGGCGCAAAAGACCAGGCCGUGUUCAAGUGUGAGGUGUCGGACGAGAAUGUGCGGGGCGUGUGGCUGAAGAACGGGAAGGAGCUAGUGCCCGACAGCCGCAUCAAGGUGUCCCACAUCGGGCGGGUCCACAAGCUGACCAUUGACGACGUCACACCUGCGGACGAGGCUGACUACAGCUUUGUGCCCGAGGGCUUCGCCUGCAACCUCUCGGCCAAGCUCCACUUCAUGGAGGUCAAGAUCGACUUCGUGCCCAGGCAGGAACCCCCUAAGAUCCACCUGGACUGCCCAGGCCGCAAGCUGGAUACCAUCAUCGUUGUGGCUGGGAACAGGCUGCGUCUGGACGUGCCUAUCUCUGGGGACCCUGCUCCCACCGUGAUCUGGCAGAAGAGCCUCACACAGGGGAAUAAGGUCCCAGCUAGGCCAGCCCCUGAAGCCCCAGAGGACGCAGAUGCCAAUGAAGAGUGGGUGUUUGACAAGAAGUUGCUGUGUGAUACCGAGGGCCGGGUCCAUGUGGAGACCACCAAGGACCGCAGCAUCUUCAUCGUUGAUGGGGCAGAGAAGGAAGAUGAGGGUGUCUACAUCGUCACAGUGAAGAACCCUGUGGGCGAGGACCAGGUCAACCUCACCGUCAAGGUCAUCGAUGUGCCAGAUGCCCCUGCAGCCCCCAAGAUCAGCAACGUGGGCGAGGACUCCUGCACGGUGCAGUGGGAGCCGCCUGCCUACGAUGGCGGACAGCCAGUCCUAGGCUACAUCCUGGAGCGCAAGAAGAAGAAGAGCUACCGGUGGAUGCGGUUGAAUUUCGACUUGCUGCGGGAGCUGACCCACGAGGCCCGGCGCAUGAUCGAGGGUGUGGUGUAUGAGAUGCGCGUCUAUGCAGUCAACACCAUUGGCAUGUCCAAGCCCAGCCCCGCCUCCCAGGCCUUCAUGCCCAUUGGCCCCCCCAGCGAGCCCACCCACCUGGCUGUGGAGGAUGUCACUGAUACCACAGUCUCCCUCAAGUGGCGGCCCCCAGAGCGUGUGGGAGCAGGCGGCCUGGAUGGCUACAGCGUGGAGUACUGCCAGGAGGGCUGCUCAGAGUGGGUGCCUGCCCUGCAGGAGCUGAUAGAGCGCACAUCAUUGUUGGUGAAGGACCUGUCCACAGGGGCCCGGCUGCUCUUCCGCGUGCGGGCUCACAACAUGGCAGGGCCUGGGGCCCCUGUCGUCACCAAGGAGCCUGUGACGGUGCAAGAGAUUCUGCAGCGACCACGGCUCCAGCUGCCCAGGCACCUGCGCCAGACCAUCCAGAGGAAGGUUGGGGAGACUGUGAACUUCCUUAUUCCUUUCCAGGGCAGGCCCCGGCCUCAGGUCACCUGGACCAAAGAGGGGCAGCCGCUGGCAGGCGAUGAGGUGAGCAUCCGAAACAGCCCCACGGACACCAUCCUGUUCAUCCGGGCCGCCCGCCGCACCCACUCAGGCACCUACCAGGUGACUUUGCGCAUUGAGAACAUGGAGGACAAGGCCACGCUGGUCCUGCAGAUUGUCGACAAGCCAAGUCCUCCGCAGGACAUUAGGGUCAUGGAGGCUUGGGGUUUCAACGUGGCUCUGGAGUGGAAACCACCCCAAGAUGAUGGCAACACUGAGCUCCGAGGUUACACAGUGCAGAAAGCCGACAAGAAGACCAUGGAGUGGUUCACCGUCCUGGAGCACUACCGCCACACUCACUGUGUGGUGCCGGAGCUCAUCAUUGGCAACGGCUACUAUUUCCGGGUCUUCAGCCAUAAUAUAGUGGGUCCUAGUGACACAGCCGCCACCACUAAGGAGCCCAUCUUCAUCCCCAAACCAGGUAAAACGUACAAGCCACCCAGCUACAAGGCCCUGGACUUCUCUGAGGCCCCACGCUUCACCCGGCCCCUGGUGAACCGCUCGGUCAUCGCAGGCUACAAUGCUGUUCUCUGCUGUGCUGUGCGGGGUACUCCCAAGCCCAAAAUUUCCUGGUUCAAGAAUGGCCUGGACCUGGGUAAAAACGCCCGCUUCCGCAUGUUCUGCAAGCAGGGUGUGUUGACCCUGGAGAUUCGGAAACCCUGCCCCUUUGAUGGGGGCAUCUAUGUCUGCAGGGCCACCAACUUACAAGGCAAGGCACAGUGUCAGUGCCGCCUGGAGGUGCGAGUGCCCCAGUGA